AUGGCGUUGCUCGCUCAUUUGUUCAUGAUUGCUGCGGCAUUCGUUACCGUAGCAAGUUGUGCAUCAGCUCUGCAGAUACCCCCCAUUCCAAAGGAGGUCAAGCAAUCUACCUCCUACACCGUUCGCGUUCGCGAAGCCGGUGGAGAAUGGCAAUCCGUGCCCGCCUAUCUAGUCAACCUCCACGAGAUUAACACCACUACCGGAGGCGCUAAAGUCCACCCGAGCUCCCUAGUCAUGUUCGAUUUUGACGGUGGCGUAGAGAUUUCGGUGACGUACAAUGAGGGUACCAUCACCUCCCCGCGAAUCCGGCCAGACUCCUACGGCUUCAAACCCGCUGUUCAAGGUAACACCUUGAUCUUUACUCUCUCCGAGCCAAAGGACCUCGUUAUCCAGACGACCAGUUCCGUAUUUGACGUCUUACAUCUUAUUACCAACCAUAUCCCAAAAGAUAUCCCAAGCGAAAAUGACCUAGGUGUAAUCUACUACGGUCCUGGAUACCACACUCUCAACGCCACCCUUAACAUCACCUCGGGCCAAACCCUGUACCUGGCUGCGGGAGCUGUCGUCAAUGCUGCAGUAUCCCUUGACAACGCCACAUCAGCAUCUAUCCGUGGCCAUGGCGUUCUCUAUCGUGCUCCAAUAGGCGCCAUCUCCGCUCAAUGGUCAAAGGACAUAAUAGUCGAGUCUAUCACGGUCAUAAACCCGGGCCACUACACAUUCAACGCCGCCGAAGUCAAUGGCGUAACCAUCCGCAAGCUCCGCUCCUUCAGCGCCAUAAAAUGGGGCGACGGGAUUGACCUCUACAGCAGCAAGAACGUUCUUCUUGACGGUGUGUUCAUGCGAAACUCUGAUGACUGCAUCGCGCUAUACAACCACCGGAACGACUGGUACGGCGACAGCGCCAACAUUACAGUGCAGAACUCUGCUUUGUGGGCGGAUGUAGCACACGCUAUCAAUAUCGGCACCCACGGGAACUCCAUCAACCCCGAGACGAUGUCGGACAUCACUAUCCGAAACGUUGAUAUUAUGGACCACCGGGAGUUCCAGAUGGGUUACCAAGGCGCCAUUGCCAUUAACCCUGGCGACAGCAAUCUUGUCCGGGAUGUACUCAUUGAUGACGUCCGUGUUGAGGAUUUUCGAAUGGGGCAGCUAAUUACCAUGAUGGUCAUGUACAACCAGAAAUACAACACGUCGCCUGGUCGUGGCAUCUCGAAUGUCACGGUAAGGAAUCUUGUUUAUAAUGGGAGUAACGCUAACACGGCUAUCAUGACGGGUUACAACGAGACGAGGGAUAUCGAGUUCGUCAAGUUUGAGAAUCUCACGCUUAAUGGGUUGCGGAUCAGCGACGCUAUGAAGAAGCCCGGGUGGUACUUGACUUCAGACUUUGUUCCGAUGUAUGUCAAUGAGCAUGUGAGGAAUUUGACAUUCACUUAG